GCCUAUAAUUCCUUAAUUUUCAAGAAGUAAAAGGCUGACUAUAUACAAUUUGUAGCAGUAGAAUCGGUUCAAGUCCAAGAAUGAGGAUAAUCAACUGGUGUUCGAAGAACUUCCGUUACUACGUUGUUUUCUCGAAGGAAGCAUUGUUUAUACUUGGCCUCAUAUUUGUCCACAGUUUCGUAGAGAACGCGCUGGUAAAUAUAUUGAUCACUUAUCUCCCAGGUGUAUGGGGCUUAUCAAAAUCGGCUCAAGCUGUCAAUUUACAGGAAGGAACCUCAGCACGGAUGCCUAUCUGGGCCGCUUCAAAAUGGUGGUUUACUCCACCAUAUCUUACAUCAUUGGAUUGGUGCUGUUCUGGAAUGCAGCCUGGCAUAGAAAAAUAGAUGUUCGAACUUUUUACAUAGGACUCGUGCUAAUAACUCUGGCAAAAGCAGCAAAAGAGGUAUCCUUGAACGGGUUUCUUGAUGAUCAAUUCAUGGCGAAGGAUAUCACAACCACAGAAGAGGAUGAAGAACGACAACAUAGCCGUAGCAAUGUCUGGUGGCGCUCUGCAUCCAUCUUGGGUGCUAUUGCAGCUAUUUCUGUCCCGAGUUCAUUGAAGCUGCUUUCUAUGAUCUCAGCAAUUGCAAUGAUGGUUGCAUACUUGUGGUUCUGGUUAGGUGCAAAAUUUUACGAAUGCAAUCGACCAACAGGCAGCGCCAUCUCUGAUGUUCUAUUUGUUAUCAAAACAGCAGUACUAAGAAGAAAUCUUCUCUAUGCAACUACUCCAGAGCAGCUCUUCCAAAAUUAUAAAGGUGUUACGCAUAUUGAGCCUCGCAUUUCAUGGUUGAGGUGGUUAGACAAAGCUCCCAUUGUGAUUGAAGAAGAAAAUAGGGCAAACAAGAAUUGCACAGUUGCACAAGUGAAGGAAGUGAAAUUUUUAUUAGCGAUGGUUCCUAUGUGGACAACUUUCCUUACAUACAGUCUGGUUGAUGCGACAGGGAGCACCUUUUUUCUCGAACAAGCUAGCAACAUAAAUGAAAAUUUUCCUUUUACUGUUUUCAAUAUAUUAGUAGUAGUCACAAGCUUUGCAAUUGAACAUCUAUGUGACUUCCUAUUUCGAAAGAUUGGUAAUGAAAUGAAUAGACAACUCUUAAGGCAGGGGAGAAUCGGUUUUGGAAUGGCAUUUUCUGUCAUUUGUUGCAUAUUUUCUUGGAAAAAUGCAGUUCACUGGCUGUAUUUGGUCAAGACAUAUGAUAUGCCAAGUUCAUACACGAAUAUUUUUAGCCUGACUCCACAAUUUAUCUUCUUGGGAAUUAUGAAAGGACUUUCAGAAAGUGGGCUUCGAAGUUUCUUUUGUUCCCAGGUUUCUGAAUCUCUAAAGAACUACGGACCACCGUUUGGAGAAUGUGUGAUAGGCAUCGGAAAGUUUCUGAGUAUACUUUGUAUCCUCAUUUUCAGUAGCUGGUUUGGGGAAGAUAUAGAUUCAAGUCGUUUGGACAAAUAUUAUGCGAUGCUGACACUUCUAAGUUUUGUUAACUUACUAAUAUACUGGUUGGUUGCGUACUGGUAUGGAGAUGAUCAAUUUUCACCUGAAGUAGAUUGUGAACUACUCAUAGAAGGUGCACAAGACAGAAUUGUGCCUUUGGUAUUGCGGUCCUUCUCUGAUCAGACGUCCAAUAAUCUUCAAUAUAUUAGUGUUUCAACAAGGAGAGCACUAUCCUUAUCUGAUAAGACACCCAAUAACCCUCUAUAUUUCAGUGUUUUCAGAAGGAGAACGCGGUCCUUCCCUGGUCCUGCUUGCCCUAUAACUCCAAACAAGCUGGAUGAUGCACAAGAGCAGGAAAAUGAACAACUACUCGAUUUAAAAAUAUCUGAUUGUGAACAUCGUGAUGUUUUGUAAAAUUGGUCAAUGUUAAAUUGAUCAUGGAAAGGUAUCAGAAUGGCUGCAAGACUCGAUCCCCUUACAUACCUUCUGUUAUUCCCCAAAGGAUCCUUCCUAUUAUGCUUACUAAUUGUGAUUUCUAUUUCUCUCCAUUUGUAUUGCUUUGUUUUUCUUUCUGAUAUAGACAUGUCUUUGAUUAUAAAUAUAUUUAAUGUACAAAAAAUAAUAUUUUUCUGA